AUAUGGGUGGUGCGGUGAAAGAUAUCGCUUCAAAGUUGGAGCUUGAUAAUUCGCGCCAGAGCGGUGCACCCGUCGUGCUUCACUUCUGGGCUUCUUGGUGUGAUGCUUCCAAGCAGAUGGAUCAAGUUUUCUCUCAUCUCGCUACCGAUUUCCCUCGAGCUCACUUUUUUAGGGAUCUUUUAUGUCCCGGAGACGCAGAACAUUAUUCUCUGUUCAUCAACUGUGGAGGAAGUAGAGCCAAGAUUGAAAAAGACACAUAUGUGGAAGACUUGAACGGGAGAGGAUCAUCAACAUUCUCCUCUGUCUCUGAAACAUGGGGAUACAGUAGUUCUGGAAUUUGGGGGAAUUUGUUGAAGAGAGACUUUAACAUAGCAGAAUUUCAAGGUUACUUAGGUGGAAAGGAAGAGGAUGAAAAUGAAGAGCUUCGGGGACUUGAUUUACAGAUGGGAUCGUUUACAUUGAAACAAAUCAAACGUACUACUAGCAACUUUGAUCCAGAAAACAAGAUUGGUGAAGGAGGAUUUGGACCGGUGUAUAAGUCGUCGAGAUCAAAGCUACAUACGCCGGUGCUACUGAUCCCUAUUACGAACUCAUCAAAAGUUGAGUACCAGCUGGGGUGGGAGCCUUGAGACUGUCAAAGACAAAAAAACCGGAGAUUCUUGAAUAAGUUUCUUCUGAUCGCUGAUAGCAGCCGUAUCAUGAAGACCCAAAGAGGCAAUGCAGGAAUACACUUUUUAAUUUAUUAGAUGUAUUAUGUGAGUAAUGUCUUUAAAAUUUUGUCAAAAUUUUAGUUUCACUUAUUUUAUUUUUGUAUUGUAAAUUGUAUACAAAAACGGUUAGUGAAAUAUUGUGUUUACCAAAAAAUUGGUUCUUUUGAUAGUUAG